UUUUGUUUUAAAUGAAUAUUGAAUAUGCGCGUUAGUUGUAGUAUUUGUAACACAACUUGGGCUGCGGAAAAUAUUAAAAUGUACCAUGUACCAAAAAAGCGACAUAAGCGAGAACUUUGGAACAUUGCCUGUGGGAUGUUAUUAAAAGAUACCUCGCGCAUAUGUGAAAAGCAUUUUCGUAAAGAUGAUUUUAAGCAAAAUGCGGGUCGAAAACGCCUUAAACCAGCUGUAGUUCCAACCCUCAACUUGGAUCGAGUUUCAAUCGGGAAACCAGGCAUAGCACCAAAAAGACUAACAAGUGAUUGUACAACAACAUUGGACACUAAGAAGUUGCACCACAAAGAAACGGAGGAUUUAAUUGAUUUUAUAAAUGAAGAGCAAUUUGACAAUAAAAUUUUAUACGACAAUAUUGAGAAGUUACUAGACAAAGAUGAUGACAGUUACCUGUGUGGAAUGAUUAAAGCUACUAAAAACAAUGAAGUUUACUCAAUAUAUUGUUAUAAAUGUUCUAAUGUGUUUUCUUUAGAGAAUUGGGAAAAAUUUGCAAACCACGUUAGAGAUCAACAUCGUAACCGCACCAAUUCUAUUACAGAAAUUAUUGUUGAAGAAAAAUUAGAAACUAGUCAUAGCGAUGUGUACGUAGCAGAUGAAAGACAUGAACUUGGUAUAGAAGCAAUUAUAAAUCAUGAGAUAAAUCUUAAUUAUACAUUUGAAGAAAAUGAGUGUGAGCAGUAUUUAGAAAAUUUUUCCGAAGAAUCCUCCAAUGAAGGUAUUGAACGAGAAGAAGAAUUGUCAAUCUUGAAACCCACGAACCAAAUACUCUUUACAACAACGGACAAACACAUUGUGCUGGAUUUUUUAGAUAUGCUCAAAAGUUUUCCUGCAUUAUGGUUAGCACGUCAUAAUUCAAAAACAGCAUACGACCUAGCAGUUGACGCAUUGACUGCAGCGCUAAACAAAAAAUGGCAGUUAACAAUGUCGACACAAUCAAUGCAUAAAAGUUUAUGUCGCAUAAGAAAAUGGUAUCGUAGGACAUGUUGCACAGCUAAUAAAAACACUAUUCAUAAAAAAUAUCAAGAAUACUUUGAGAAAUGCUCUGAAUUUCUACCAAAUGAUGAAAAUGAAAUUGCUGUAUCUAGGCGCUUAUGUGAUAUUUGCGAACGCUGCUUUAGAGAUGAAAAUCAAUUGCAAUUGCAUCAAACUAGAAGUCACAAAUUAAGCGAUUUCCCAUACAGAUGUUCUGACUGCAGUUGGCGUUUCUUGAAUGUGGAAAAGUUGAAUGCGCAUAACUGUGUAAGUAAAUCGAUAUAUGUGGAAUCCGACAGUCAACAUGAAGUUUGUGAAAUUUGCGGAAAACAGUUUCCUACGCUAACGCGGUAUAAAAUGCAUAAAGUGUUACAUGAACCUCCUAAAUACAAGUGUAAUAAUUGCGCAAAAACAUUUUUCCGUAAAUCACAUCUUACUGAACAUAUAAAAGUACACUCCAACGAACGGAACCAUGUUUGCGAGCAAUGUGGUAAAGUGUUUUUACGAAGAAAACAUUUGAUGGAACACCGUAACGGUGUACAUUAUGAAAAAAUUGUGUGUAAAAUAUGUGGUUGUAAGUUUAAUGAUUUCAGUAGUUUACAGGGUCAUAGGAAACGAUUUCACAUAGUUCUUGAAGGCACCUUAGAAGAAUUGGAAAUGAAGACUAAAAUGAAGUAUAAUAAACAUUCGUUCAUUAUAGACGAAAAAACAAAUAAAAAACGUUUAGUGUGCGAUAUAUGCGGAAAUACCUACAGCCGACAUGCUGGUCUUCGUAUACAUAAGAUUAAAGCGCAUAAUUAUGUUCCACCUAGGUUACAUCGCAAACGAGGACAAAAAAUGCAUCAACUGGAAAUGUUAAGUGAUGAUACUGAAAAUAUAUCAAUAGAAGUAAAUUACGAUAGUGUGGUCGAAGAAAUUGAAUUAAAAGAAGAAGAAAUAUGUGAGGAAUAUGGCGCAGAAUUUAUAAUAGAAUGUGAAGAACUAUGAUAGAAUUGGAAUUAAUUACUACAAAGUUAAAUAUAGAUCUAUAUCAAAAGAUAUGGCACUACUGUGGUUAAGAGCAAAAAGUAUUAUAGUAACAAAGAUCAAAAGCAGUUAAAGCUAAAUUUAGCUUUAAUAGAUAUAAAAUUAUUUUAACACAAAUUAAUCGAAAUUGAUUACAUUAUAAUCAAAGAAGAACGAGAAUUUAAAAAAAAAAAAACGAAAAAUUUUAAUUUUGAAUAAUUUCCUUUAU